GCCGUGGAGGCCGCGCCGGGAAGAUGGCGGCGCCCGUGUCGCCCUUGGUUACUGCGCGCUGCCUGCUGCGGGCAUCGGCGCGGCGUGUUGUCCGUCUGCUGCCGGCACGGGCCCUGCCGAGAGGAAUAGAUUACUCUAGAAGCUGUAGCGUUGUGAAUGAUUUUUGCAGUCUGCUCCACAAUGCAGCAUAUGCAAGUCAGGCAGCAGAUGAAAAGGUGGUUCUUGGUACACUUACGGAUGCUAAUUCUAGAGCCUUACUGGUUUGCGAUGGACCUUUAGAACAUUAUGACUUUCUGAUUAAGCAAGAAGAGCUGAGGAACGAUGAACAGCAAAGAAGAGUUGUGCAGCACCUGCAAAAAUUGCAUGAGAGUCUUAAAGGCUACAGCAUCAGCUCACAAAAUUUUCUCUCAAAGCUCUUUGCAAAAAACAAACCUCCGAAAGGUCUUUAUGUCUAUGGAGAUGUUGGCACAGGGAAGACAAUGGUGAUGGACAUGUUCUAUUCUCACUUGAAAGUAGAAAGGAAAAAGAGAGUCCAUUUUCACGGCUUCAUGCUGGAUGUGCACCAGAGAAUACAUCGCCUUAAGCAGAGCUUGCCUAAAAGAAAGCCGGGAUUUAUGGCCAAAUCAUACGACCCAAUUGCACCAGUAGCAGAGGAAAUAAGUGAAGAAGCAUGUCUCUUAUGUUUUGAUGAGUUUCAGGUCACCGACAUUGCUGAUGCCAUGAUUCUGAAGCAGCUUUUUGAAAACUUGUUCCAAAACGGAGUUGUCGUUGUGGCAACAUCUAACAGGCCGCCAGAAGAUCUCUAUAAAAACGGUCUUCAGAGAGCUAAUUUUGUACCAUUCAUUGCUGUGCUGAAGGGUAAGUCAGACUUGAAAUAUCUCAGUAGAAUAGAAAAUCUCUUGGAAACUGAAAGCAGUUCUGCAGGAAGAGACCAGAAAUACUGCAGCACAGUCCAGCUUGAUUCUGGAAUAGACUACAGGAAACGAGUGCUUCCUGCUGCUGGAAAACUGUACUACCUCACAAGUGAAGCUGAUGUGGAGGCUGUCAUGGAUAAGUUGUUUGAUGAGCUGGCUCAGAAACAAAAUGAUUUAACUAGACCAAGGAUUCUAAAAGUGCAAGGCAGAGAGCUGAGGCUGAAUAAAGCGUGUGGAACCAUUGCAGACUUCACAUUUGAAGAGCUGUGUGACAGACCUCUUGGGGCCAGUGACUACUUGGAAAUAUCAAAGCAUUUUGACACAGUCUUUGUUCGCGACAUCCCACCUCUUACCAUGGCAAAAAGGACUCAAGCUCGGCGUUUCAUUACUCUGAUUGAUACCUUUUAUGAGCAUAAGGUGCGCAUUAUCUGCUCUGCAGCGACUCCUCUCCAAAGCUUGUUUGUGGUGGAAGCCGGCAGCAUUGAGCUGGAGGACAGCAGAGUGUUGAUGGAUGAUUUGGACUUGAGCCAGGAUUCUGCCAAAGGUCUCUCCAUGUUCACGGGAGAAGAGGAAAUCUUUGCAUUUCAGCGUACUAUCUCACGGCUUACAGAAAUGCAGACUGAACAAUACUGGAAAGAUGGGGACAGAAACAAAGAGCAGUUGUAAUUACAAGUUGAAUAAAGGCACCUGAAAGUAUGCAAAGAAGUGAAACUACGGAAUUAGAAGGCCUUUUAGCACAACUGAAAUAAUAAUGGCACUUUAUCAUCUGGACUGUGUUUCUUUCAUCGUAUGGUUUUCAUGCUUAGGACAUGAAGACUUAUUCUUCUGUACCCUCAGUGUGUGGGCAUGUGAAAUUUGACCUUCAUUUUAUUUUCUAUGAAACAUAAUUUGAUGUUGAGGAAGUGUGACUGGAUUAGAAUUAGUCUGGAGACAGUGGGCUGCAGGAUUCACAGUGGGUCGGGAAUGCUGUCACCCAAAGAGGGCACUUUGUGGUUCACGCACUGCGUCUGUCCCCUGUUGCACAAUUUGCACAAAAGAGAGAUGGAAGGCUUUCCUGAUGGAACCCCUGACGUUCUGUAGCUCUCUGCUGGAAUCCCAUAGCUCCUCUGUAAUGUAUUCUCGUUUGGUUUUUUUCCCCCUCUGUUUUCUGUGUGUAACCAUCUGCUGACUUUCAGACUCCAUGAGUUUCAUGUAAUCAGCUCGUUGCUCAGUUUAGUUAAUAGGAAACUAACAGGUUGAUCCCAGAGCGGCCGGAGGAGCAGCUAGAGGGUACAUGGAAACCUCAGCAGACUAAAUCCAAGUGAUCACAUAAGGUAAAAGAAACUACAAGGCAGUGUAUACCAUAACUUCUAAAUGCAACUUAAUACUUCCCCUAUAUUUUCCAUUUCUUGCAAGCUGGGUGUGCUCCUUUCACACUAGUAAUGUAUUCCUGAACUUUCAUGUCUGCAGCACCUUCCAUCACUAGUGACACAUCUGCCCUGAGCUCUGGGGAUGGCAGGACAGUGCUGCUGAGGCAGUUCCACCAUCUUGCAAUACAAGUGUGUUUUACCAAAAAAGUACUUUUUUGGGAAAAUAUCAUUACAAAAAAUAUUCAUCUCUGCCUUUAUGAUGCUUGUUUGAGCCCUAACCCCCAUCACAAUUACAGCAAGCUUUUAAAAGGGACUUUGUGCUAGGAGGAAGUGGAGAGAUCCUGUGCACUUGGAGUUGUUACAGCAAUACAGAUGCUUUGGGAGUCACGUGCUCAAGUCUGGAUUCCUGUUCUGAUCACUUCUUUGGCCUGGGAGUUGCUGGUACAGGCUACGCCUGUUCUCCAAAUAAUUUUUAGAGCCUAUGCUUAUAGUUUACAAUUGGUGCCACUGUGUUAUGCCCACAAGAGCGACUACACCUGAGGAUUUUAAUGUAUAUUUAUGAAAAAUCCAUAUAACAUUUACUUAGGGAUUGCUGAAGAAUGGAUGUACGCUUUCAGAGAUUUUUUGUUUUUAGGUUUUUCAAAAGAGAGACUGCUGAGAUUCAUGCACAUCUAUGUGUAUACACAGAUAGAUAGAUGUAUACUUCAUUUAUACAUACCUAAAUGUAGGUAAAGCUAAUAUAUAUAAUUUAAGUGUGUGGUCAUAUAUUUGUACAUAGCAGUCUCUGCUCAUCAGCCUGGCCUAAGCUAACGGCUGUCCUGAAGUUUCAGCUUGGACUCAACUUUUCUUUUCUUCUAAUUGCAUGUCCAGGCCAGAACUUACUGUUGUAGAUAUUUUUCUGCAUUAUUUAAAAAACAGUGCAUAUGUUUAGCUCAUAUGUCCUCCCCUAUCUAUGGUAGAGAGGAAAUGCAGAAUCUUGCAGAAAUACAGGUGAGAUGGGGCAUGUGAGAGAGGAGCUCUGGCGGGCUGUGUUCCCACAGAACUUGAGCUGUUGAAGCAGAGUGCUUUCUCCCAGUCUCUGUGGGCCAACCUCAUUAAACCAGAGCUUCCCAGAAGCCCUGGGGCUGAUGUGCUUGUGCCCCAAUGGGCACGGCUUUACCUGGUGGUAUUUGAGGCUUUCCUGCAUUCUGUGCGCUGGCCCCAAGUUAGUAUUCUCCAAGUUUCAUGGAAUCAUAGACUCAUUAAGGUUGGAAAAGACCACUAAGAUAAUUGAGUCCAACUGUCAGCCCAUUGCCACCGUGCCCUAAGCCACGUCCCUCAGUGCCACAUCUACCCUUUUCUUGAAAAUCUCCAGAAUUUUCUGGAAGCACAGCCCCUAAAUGCAACGGGCCUGCAGAGUCAUCGAAAGCCUCCUGGGAUGCAGGUUAGCUCUGCUGAACUGUGGGGGGGAAGCCAUGUUUCCAAAAGCUUUCAGAGUCAGCACUGCUCCCAAAGCACAUUCCUCAAUAAAGCCAUAGUACAGCCUUAACUUGGCCAGCUAGGAAGCCUUCUGCUGGGAUACUUUAGUAGCUGCUGCCAGCAAUCAGGCAGAGGAAAUGGUGAAUAUUUCAGCAUCAUUUUGGGGCUGAAAAGGGGCUGAAAAAACAGGAAAAGCUGCUAUAAUCUUUGCAACAUUUGUGGUUGCACUGACGGCGUGGAUUGCUGCACUGAGGUCAGGACCACGAGGAGAAGUUGCUGGGACCAAUCUACCUGCCAGCCUGGAUGCCAGAGCAGAGAUCACUGUGGUACCUGCAGAAGAAACAUAUUUACGUGUAUCCACUUCCUUAAAGAAUGUAAAGCCCUAUGUGCUUCUUGAAGGGUGCCAUUUACAAUUGUGUGGCAUGCAUAAAUUCUCUUUCCAAUGGCAAGUUUGGGGUGGGAGGGACCUGAGGCCAAAUAGCUUCCAGGCAAUUGAGCAGUGACUGAGAUGUGUCCCUGAGGCGUGAAUUAAUUAAAACAUUAAGAUGUUUUAGUUGGCAAAAUGCAAACAAUGAAAUGCCUGUGAAUAAAUUGUCCCUUAAUAGCCUUGCAAUUGCUGGAUUUAUGCUAUCCCAAGUUCCAGUACGGGCUUGUUGGGCUUUUCUUAUCUUGCAAACUCAUGUCAUCUCAGAUCCGCAACGUGUUUUUAUUUAACUUUUAGUGAGUGAGCAUUAAUGUGAUUUUUGAAACAUUUACAGUAACCUUAUUUAGUGAGGUAUGAUAUUUUGCUGUCAUAAAAAGUAAAAUCCAAGUGAUUAUGGACCACGUAAAGUGUUUCAUGUUGGUUUGUAAAGGCCACGUCCUGGCUGAGAGCCUCUUGGCCAACGUGUUGCAAAUAUCUGACUGACAAAGGAAUCAUAGAAUUACCAAGGCUGGAAAAGACCUCAGAGAUGAACUAUUUCCCAAUGUCCAGCAAUUCAAGAUACAAUCUCUGUGAGUGUUGCUACUUUGUCCGUGUAGACAGCCUAUCUUUAAAGCUUUAUUUGCCUUUCAUGUUCUUGUGCAGUAGCUCUUUUUUUUUCUUUUCUUUAAACAAAUAACACAAUUCUGUCGUUCUAAGCUACUGAUUUUCAUUGUUUGCACAAACUGAGGGAACAAUUGCAGUAUUGUAGGCAUAGCGAGCGCAGCCUACCUGAAGUCUUCUUAGGAAUUGGAGGUGUGCUUCUUAUGGUGUUAUUUUGAUCUACAAAGGAAAACCACGAGUGGUUUUUCGUGAGUAAAUGUGUCCAUAGUGGCACUGCAGCUGGGUGGAUGUCACCUGUUUUGCAGCAGUUCAACCAUGAACAAAAUGAUCAGGUUUCAAGCAGUGCUCAGCACGGCCACCAGGCAUCUUCCAAGGAGGAAGAAGAGUUUCUCCAUCAAGACCUGUCCCAGAGGAUGCAGAUCCAGGAGGUUGCUUUCUGCAGCUGCCUGGAUCCAAACUACCCUGCCUCAGUUUCCUUGUUGAUCAAAUGAGAAUGUUAUUGUCCUAUUCACUAGCACUGGAGUGCUGCUGGGCUUAGUUCAUAAUUAUUUGGAUAUACCAAGGCUGUGGGUUGAAAGUGUGUAAACAGUGCAAAAUAAAAUUAGCUACUCCACGAGGAGUUUGGGAUUUGGGUCACAGAAUGAAUGCCUUCAACUGAACACCACGUGCCUCUUUGCAGAGUAAUUUUCUUUUUGUACAACACAACUAUUUUAAAGUAAAAAGAGCGAGGUGAGGAAAACCUUAAUUAACUCAGGCUGUUUGUCUUCUACCUGUAAUGACAGAUUGUCUUUACGUUUCAUUACAGCAUUAGCUCCUGUACUUGUGAACUACAGCAGCUUUGUAAAUUUUGCUGGGAUUUUCAUUUUAAUGGAUACUGAGAAUUCUUAAAAAAUAUGUAUGUAAUUUUGAGUCUAAUAUAUAAAUGAGCCCUGUUAAACACUUCUGUUAUUUGAAAAUAAGUUAUGUUGUAAUACAGAAAGAAGUAAUACAUCCAGAUUUUAUAAGCUUA